GGCUCCGCCAUCUCACUGCGACAACAUCGCAAACACCCUCAAUCUCACUUCCCAUUGAACUACCUUCUUCACAGCAAACAUGAGCAAGAUCCUCCUCACAGGCGCAACCGGUUAUGUCGGUGGCACAGUCCUCACACAGCUUCUCGCCGACCCCAAACUCACAUCCCAGCCCAUCUCCCUCCUCGUGCGGACCGAGACUCAAGCCGCAAAACUACGCAGUGUAUAUGGCGCCCGCGUGCAUCCCAUCCUCUGGAAAGGCCUUGAAGAAGACGAGAAAGUCAUCGCCGACACCGCAGCACAGUACGACAUCAUCGUGAAUGCCGGGUCCGGCUUCAUCACCUCAGGCGCGAAAGCCCUUGUUGAUGGACUCGCUCGCCGAGUACAGGCUGGCCUUCCCACGCCUUGGUUCCUCCAUGUGUCCGGGUGCACGAAUCUUGUGGAUCCGUCGCAGAAGCCGCGGGAGUGGAACGAUGAGAAAGACGGCGCGGCGAUUUUCGAGUACAUGGCCUCCUUGGAUGCGAAGACGCCGUACUCGCAGCGCACGACUGAACUCACGGUGCUGGAGACUGCAGCACAACACGGUGUAGCGGCUGUCAGUCUGCAAGCACCGUGUAUCUUUGGCGAGGGAACCGGGCAGUUCAAUCGACAAGGCCUGGUGAUUCCCCUGGCAUUGAUGUUUGUUGUGCAACAUGGCUACGGCUUCAAAUUGAACGAGACGGCAAAUUUCGACUGGGUGCACAUCGAGGAUCUUGCAAGCUACUUUGUCCAGCUUGUUCGAACGAUCCUCAGUCGCCCGGAUCGCGGCGUAGGAUUCAUUCCUACUGGGAAAGAGGGUAUCCUAUUUCCGACUGUGGGCCGUACGCUGGUGACUGAAAUCAACCAGAAAGCACUUGAUGUUGCGUUUGCAGCUGGCGACCUACCGAGGGGAGACACGCCGCAACAGAAAGAAAUCCGUUUGGCACCGGUUCAGGAGAUCGCCGACAAAAUAGGUGCUGGACGGGUCGACAUCGCCACCCUUGCUUGGGGUGGCGAGAAGGCCGUGAGGGGUACGGUUGGACAGAAGCUGCUGGGAUGGGAGCCGACGAGGCUGCAAGAUGCGUGGGAUCAGGACUUUGAGGACGAACUGAAGGCGCUCAAGGAGGGCAGGAGGAUGGUAACUUUUGCAAGCUGUGUCGGAAUGUCUGAAGCUCGUCCUUGAUGUGAGAUGGGUAUGAGAUGUCGGCACGACGUCCAUGUAUAGGUGACCCAUGAUAUGAUAGC